CCUCGCAACGUCAGGAGAUUGCCUCCUCGGUUGCAGAGCUCUGGAUGUGUAGGGGUUGUCCCCCUAUCAUUCUUGGCGGUCUUACCUUAUCCUAUCCUCGCAACGUCAGGGGAUUGCCUCCUCGGUUGCAGAGCCCUGGAUGUGUAGGGGUUGUCCCCCUAUCAUUCUUGGCGGUCUUACCUUAUCCUAUCCUCGCAACGUCAGGGGAUUGCCUCCUCGGUUGCAGAGCCCUGGAUGGGAUUGCCUCCUCGGUUGCAGAGCCCUGGAUGUGUAGGGGUUGUCCCCCUAUCAUUCUUGGCGGUCUUACCUUAUCCUAUCCUCGCAACGUCAGGGGAUUGCCUCCUCGGUUGCAGAGCCCUGGAUGUGUAGGGGUUGUCCCUCUAUCAUUCUUGGCGGUCUUACCUUAUCCUAUCCUCGCAACGUCAGGGGUUGUCCCUCUAUCAUUCUUGGCGGUCUUACCUUAUAUACCUUAUCCUUCUCAUCCUGUCUAA